GUUGUUCUUCGCCCAUCCCAUCUCUCUCUCUCUCCUUUCUCUCUCUGUGUAAUGGCUGUGGAAUCGGAGGCUCCGCGGUGUUUCCUCUGCGGCGAUCAUCGCGGCGUCGAAUGACGGCGGAAUGCGAUCAUCGGAGGGGGCCGUCGUCGUCCGUCCUUGUUCUUCUUCUCAGCUCCACGGCGUUUGAGUGAGGUAGAAAUCCUCCUCCGGCCGUCCCGGAGAGCUGUUGCGGCAGCUCGAUACUGAAGCUCCACUCUCACUUUCUCUCAGUCUAGUGAGAAUUUCACCUCCUCAGCUCUCUGUUUCUACUCUCUGUGUGCCGUUAUCGCUCUCUGGUACAGCUCGCGUCCAAUCUGAGCUCCGAUUUCUCUUUUGCUUCCGUAUUGUAGUCUCCGCUCCGAUCGUUCUCCGUCAAUCGGUUGGUUGCGCGAGAAAUCGACGAUCGUUGCUCAGACGGCUGUUACGACGGUUUCCGGCGAGGGAACUAGAGAUUGUGCGCGGUGGAGAGAGCAAGUUAUAUUCAAAAUUUUGAGAAGAAUCAGCGCACGAUGUUAGAUCUCAAUCUGAAUGUUCUUUCGGUGGCGGAGUCAGCUCACGAAGAGAGUUCCGCUGUGCUCCUGGAGAGACUCUCCGAAGGUUCGGCGAUUCAGAUGGACGAAUCUGGAACGUCGAACUCGUCGGUCGUCAAUGCUGACGCCGGCGAUGAUGACUCUUCCUCCACGCGUGCCACCAGCGGCGGUGCUGAUGCGUGCACUCUCAGCUUCGGCAUCCUUAAGGUCCAUGGAGUAGGAAACGACGCUGCGAAGACGAAGGAAUUCUUCCCUCUUAGAGGUGUGGUCGCUGAAUCUUCUUCCACGGAGAAGUGGAUCGGUCUCUCCUUUGAUGGCGGUAACUUCAACACUAACAGAGAGAGUGAGGUGCGGGUGAUGCAGCAACCGUCACAGCCGCCGAAGAAGAGCAGGCGAGGUCCACGGUCAAGGAGCUCGCAGUAUAGAGGAGUUACUUUCUACAGGAGGACCGGGAGAUGGGAAUCGCACAUUUGGGACUGUGGAAAACAAGUAUAUUUGGGUGGAUUUGAUACUGCGCAUGCUGCAGCCAGAGCCUAUGAUCGAGCAGCUAUUAAGUUCAGGGGAGUUGAGGCAGAUAUCAAUUUCAAUCUGAGUGACUAUGAGGAGGAUCUAAAACAGAUGAAGAAUCUGACGAAAGAAGAAUUUGUGCACAUACUCCGUCGUCAAAGUACUGGCUUUUCAAGAGGGAGUUCUAAAUAUCGAGGGGUGACAUUGCAUAAGUGUGGUCGUUGGGAAGCUAGGAUGGGUCAAUUCCUUGGCAAGAAGGCUUAUGACAAGGCUGCUAUAAGAUGUAAUGGAAGAGAGGCAGUUACCAACUUUGAGCCAAGUUCUUAUGAAGGAGAGAUGGUUCCUGGGUCCUCUUGUGAAGGUGGUGACCCGAACCUGGACCUGAAUCUUGGGAUUUCACCCCCUUCUUUUGGUAAUGCUUUGAACAAAGUUGAGGGCCGCGCAUCAUUCCAAGCUGAGCAUUAUAGCGCACUCUAUGGAAGAAACUCUAGGAUGGAGAACGCUGCCGCUGCCUCAUUGGGUGGUCCACCUUUUCAGGGGCUAGUUAUGAUGCAAGGACACACAUCGUCAUGGAAUGGUUGUGCCAGUUUCUUUCCAGCUGAGGAUAGAGCUAAAGGUCAAAGAAUUGAACAAAAUCCCUCGGUAGGACUCCACGACUGGGCCUGGCAAGUGAAUGGCUCAGUUUGCGCUGCCCCAACAAGGCCAUUGCUCCAAGUCUCUGCUGCAGCAUCAUCAGGAUUCUCAUUUUCUGUCACUCCUCGCGCGACCGCCCUUCUCCCACCACCACUAUCACUAUCAUCCAACCCAACACCCCAUAACCUGUGUUUCUCUUCUUCUUAUUCGCCUUCCGGGUCAGCUCCCUCCUCCAACCCCUUUUAUCAUCACCACCCUCAGGCGAAGCAGCCUCCUCCAUGAGAUUCUUGCCUUUUUCUCUCUGAUACUUUUAAGUGGUACAGUUUGGGUAAAUGCAGGAAAAAAGGAGAAGAUUUUAUUGGGAGUGGGUCUGCAGAUUCUUUUGUGUAGUAAAGUAAUUCACAGAGGUUUUACUUCAUACUGAGAAAAGUUAAAAACUUUCUUCCUGACUCUUUUUUUUUUUAUUAUUAUUUUAAACUACUGUUCAAAUGGAUUGCUCUGUUUGUAAUUUGAGAGUAUCACAAGUAAAUUUGCUAAUGCAUUUGCCUAUUGAUUUUCUGCC